AAACGCUGAGCGCGCAGUACAGAGAUGCGUCAGUAGGCGGCGACACAAACGAGCGCUUUCUCCUGCGCGCUCCUCCCGUGCGCGUCGGGCUCCUGCUCCCUCCCUUUUCCUCCGCAGACACACGAACGGGAGUAACACCGGCAGUUUGAACUAUUAUCACGCUGUCACCGGAGGAGGAACGUCAGAUGAAGCCCUAACAAAGCCGUGCAACGGGGAUAAAUACGCGGCAAUCCGGUUACAAGAUAUCUAGGUAUUGUGAAUCUGUCCGUGCCUGUACCUGUUCGCUGGAGAACGUUCAUCUCUGCACAAACAAGUCCAAGUCUUGGAGAAAUCUUCAACACAAACACACACACUGACGAACAUCAGGGAUCCAGAUAAAUGGCUAACAAACAGAUCAGUUUGCCUGCCAAGUUAAUAAACGGAGGCGUCGCCGGACUGAUCGGUGUUACCUGCGUGUUUCCCAUCGAUCUGGCCAAGACUCGUCUUCAGAACCAGCAGAAUGGAUUUAAACUCUACACCAGCAUGUCAGACUGCCUUAUUAAGACCAUUCGGUCGGAGGGAUAUUUUGGAAUGUAUAGAGGUGCUGCUGUAAAUUUAACUCUCGUCACUCCUGAAAAAGCCAUCAAGCUUGCGGCAAAUGAUUUCUUCAGACAUCACCUCUCCAAGGACGGACAGAAACUCACUCUGUUACGAGAGAUGCUGGCCGGCUGCGGCGCGGGCACAUGUCAGGUCAUUGUUACGACACCAAUGGAGAUGCUAAAGAUUCAGCUGCAGGAUGCUGGAAGGAUUGCGGCCCAGAGGAAGCUCAUGCCUCAGGCAGAGACCCCCGGGGGUCCGGUCGAGGUGAAGUCUCGCACUGCUAUGCAACUCACUCGAGAAUUACUGAAGGAAAAAGGCAUCGCGGGUCUCUACAAAGGCCUCGGAGCCACACUGCUCAGGGACGUCCCAUUUUCCGUCAUUUAUUUUCCUUUGUUUGCUAAUCUUAAUGAUUUGGGAAAGAGAGAAGCUGAUGGCCCCGCCCCUUUCUAUGUGUCAUUCGUAUCUGGGUGCGUCGCGGGAAGCACGGCCGCCGUCGCAGUCAACCCUGUAGAUGUGAUAAAGACCAGAUUACAGUCGCUCACGCGAGGUAGUCAAGAGGACACUUACAGCGGGGUGAUGGACUGUAUCAGGAAGAUAUUACACAACGAAGGUCCCGGCGCUUUCCUGAAGGGGGCGUACUGCCGAGCUCUCGUCAUCGCCCCUCUGUUCGGCAUCGCACAGGUGGUGUACUUCCUAGGUGUGGGAGAGUACAUUCUGAGCUGUCUGCCCAAACGAAACAACUAACAGAUCAUCUCACCGCCUUCUCCUGACCCAUCACGUAUUGCGCCCCCCAGCCCCCUCCCUCCCUCGCGAGGUUCUCCGUGACCGAAGGAUCAAAACGUAACGUGGACCACUUCACCUGAUUUUAAGCGUUUGUUGUUGUGGCGUUUUGACGUGUGUUUUUAUCUGAAUGUGCUGGUUUAAUACUGAGAGUUAAGUGAGGCUGUGUUUGCCAAGCUGCCUGGUUCGUCUCCUCUGGUCUCGUGCCGAGACUAAACCACUUUGAUUCCUUGAUAUAUAUACAAUCAUUUUUAGGAUCAUUUAGUCGUGGAAAUUGGCAAGACAUCGUGAGAUGACUGGGGGUGUGUUCUCUCACGACGUUUAAUGCGUAAAGUUGAAAGUCAAGACACUUGGAACAUUAUGCCCUUGCAGGAACAUCAACUUGCUGUUUUGAAUUUCUAAAACUGGAGGGCAUGUAAUGUUCUCUGUGAAUUUUAUUAUUUUGCCCCUGUGUUUGCUUGUUAUGUUUGUUGGCCAGGUCUUUGGGCUAGGAACAACCUUGAGCUAAUGUAUGAAAGUGGUGUGUUCCCCCAAAUUGACACAUAUUCUGUGAUGGAGACUAAAGGGCAUCAUUCUGUAUAGCAGUUGAUGCUGAAUCUAAAAGUUAACUUAAUGAAUGUUAUUAAAACAUCGCCGAAUCAAAGUGUAAAACCUUACAAACAGAAGCGCUCUUAGAAAUGACCUUACACUUUUUGAAAGAUAAUCCUUAGAUUAAGUGUUUUGUUUGGCUUGGACACACAUGUCCAGACAGGCAGAAUUUGUAUCAUUGAACUCAGUUCAUUUAUUGUUUGUAGUCAACAGCACAAAACAAAAACAAAUGAAAUACGAUUUAUGAAGUUUACUACAGUAAAGUCUAUUUACAUUCUAAUUUACAAUCUAAUUUUUAGAAAUGCGUCGGACUAUUCUGCAAAUAUGAAUAAUGGGCAAAUAUGUUAUUAAUAUCCAUAGGUAAAACGAUAUAUUUUAAACUGCCUCUUUAUUUCAAAUCAUUCCUGCGUCGCUCAAACAAACCCAACUGAACCUGGAAUAUAUUUCCCAUUACUACAAUCUAACAUUGUUCUAAUAUAAAAACGCUUUCAAUGCCUAUAAUGCCAUUGGGGGUAAAACCUCCAAUGGCAUUAUAGGCUCUCUAGUUUUAUCAUUAAAAAUAUGAAGCACAUUGGAUAAAAUAUAUGAUUGAAAAAAAGUUAUUGAGCACAUAAAAUCAGGGAUGAAGAGUCAUUUGAGAUAAACACAUAAAUUAACCUGCAAUUUAAUGUUUCAAACAGAGGUGGCGAUAGAGAGGCAAACAUGACAAAUAUCAGCUUAAACAGGAUUUGUAAAAGCCAAAGUGAAGUGUUUAAUGAUUGUAAGACCUCCCCUUUGGCUGCGUUUCUAAGCUCCCAUGAUGCAUUGCAGACCAGCGGUGCAUCACCGGAACCCCGGAGGGAGAUUUGUAAUUGUCAUUCCAAGCUGAAAAGCACACGCUUAUGAAGUGAUGGUCCAGACUUUAAACUGAAGUCAUAUUUAUUGAUAAUCUUGAUUAUAUAGACGUCUAAACACACAUGUAGUAUAUCUCACUAUAUAUUUGUACGGACAGUUUUAUUCGGUGUUUGAUCGUGUGUGAUUAUUGUCGAUUACUGUAAUGUACAUAUGCAGAUGAUAGUAUUACGAUUGUUUUCUUUAUGUUUUCGUUUUGUACGUGAAGGCUUAUUUGCACACCCCACGUCGUUUGCCUGUCCAUUCCUUUUACGGUUAUCGGCAUCUGGAAUCACCAGUUAUUGCGGUUUACAUUUUUACGUUUGAACCACUGUUGGUUUUGGAAAGCGUGCGUCCCUUCUCUUUCUCAAAUGCACUACCAGACGAAUCGAACAAAGCGCUUGUAAUGCACAUUUACGCCGUACGUCUUUAUUUGAUGCGUUUGGAUCGAUCCUCAAACAGGCCUUUUGUCAGAACUCAAAAACAACAGUCUUUGUUUCCUCUUACAAUAUGUGCUGUCACAACACCCGACAGCGGUUACAGUGAGAUAAGGUUGCCAACGUGUGUAGUAAAGAGUUCUGUUGGCUCAGGCUCACAAAUGCGUUGUGAGAGUCUGUUUUAUACUGCCAAACGCUGUCUGACCAAAUCCCAACUUCUAAUACCUCACCCGUUUAGUUUAUCCCAUUCUUAUUUCUAACAUUUUCUUUCCUGCCAUUGUUUUAGUACCUCUGUGUAAAUGCCUGUUCACACCAAGUACACUCAUAGCAUCCACACUAGUUAUGUUUACUCUAAGCUCACACGGUGCAGUUUCACAUUUUGCACGAGUCAUAUACUGUUUAUCUGAAUGGAUUUCGAUCGGCUGUCGUUCAUCCGCCGGACAAAAAUUGCUCCGACAGUGAUCCAACAAUAUUAUUCCUCUGUAUGGCUAUUGCUGUAGUCGUGGUGUGGACUUCAAACUUCUUUAUAGUUAUAGUUAUCAUCCUUGGUGUGAACAGUUCUUACAUCAGUAUGUGAUAUUGGCCACAUAUAGAGUGUAAAGUUUAAAGGGAUGAUGUUUGUUUGCAUGGCUGAAUCAAUCCUUAUGUCUUGUGUCACUGCAUUUACCAGUUUCCAUACACACUACAAACGCUACUUUUGUCUUGUUUUCCAGUACGAACACCUAAACAUUCUUAAACAUAACACAUUGAUUUGAGAAGUAAAUUGGCUCUAAAGUCUCGAGAGGUUAGUUGAGCUUGUUUUAUACAUUAAACUCUUUGUUUAAUAGUGUUUAGAUAUUUGCACUGGACUGGAAGCAAACCAAGUAGAAUAACAAUUUCUUACCAUUUGGAUUUAAAGCAGUGAAUUUGCCUGUUGCAUGCAGUUGUCACUUCCAAAUAAACCGAUUUGAAACCAGGUUAAGCGGUCAGAAGUGGAGUGACACCUGUAUUCCUCCGCAGUGUGUAUGUGGCCGCCGGGCGCGUUCUCAUGAGUCAGUGUAGCACAGUGCCGAUCUGAGCUAUCUAAUAGGAGAAAGCCAUUUAAAUGUGCUUUUAGUGCAUUCUAACGCUCAAUGUUGUUGAAUCGGCUCGUAUCGUACUACAAUUGAAUGUAGAUUGUUCCUAAUGAAUAUGAGAAUAACUAUAAUGAUCAUUAGCUGGAGCUUCAGAAGAUCACAUGGUGCUGUUUUACAAGAAAACAUCUCUAGUAUUGGUGAAGAUUCACCAUUUCCAAACAGAUGCUCUUAUUUAUUUUAUAAAGGUCAGACGUUGGACUUUACAGGGUCGUAACACAUGCAGAUGUUUAAUGUGAGUGGUUACCUCAUCAAUGUUUAUAUGACAUUUAAACGAAAUGCGAUGUCAGAUUGAAGCUUUAUGCCACAUUUGAAGUAUCCAGUGAAAUCCGAACUUUGUAGGUCCGACCCUGAUGACCUUUUUUUGCCUUGUCUUUUUUUUAUCAGUUGUUCUUGUUGUUAUUCUGAUUAAAUGUCCUGAACAUUCCAAAUGCUAAAAUGUCUGAAUAUUUUCAUUACUGUGAUGAUUAUUGUCUGUGAUUUUUGUGAUGAUUUCGUUUUUUUAUUGUAAUUUCCGUCAUGUUUUAUCGGCUGUGAACUGAUGUGUUUCGUGACGGGUCAUGUACUGUAUGUGUUUGCACGGGGGUUCAGUCAAGUGCACGGGUGUGUGUGUUAUGGUGUUGUGCGCUUUGUUUUUUGUCGUUUAUGUAACGAACGAGUGUCCAACAUUCCCUCCCUUUCUUUUCCACCAUCUGUCCUUUCUUUUUAUACUUGAAGGAAUUAGACAGCAGGUGGCAAAAAAACACCAAAUAUAGAAUCGAUUUUACAAUAAAACGACACAAGCACAAAAUAAAUCUGGCACAGCUGCAAUAUUCACUAACAACCCUUUGAUAUCGUACAAUAUUCUGUAUGCUAAAGAAGCGAAAUUGUAAGCGACGUAUCACCGGUUUGUUUUGACAAACCACAGAAUGUAUAUUUAAAUCAUAUAACCAAUGUUGAUAAUAGGAAUCAAACUUAUUAAGUAGUAAAUUAGAUGUUAGAUAUUUGUGAUUUCACUCUCUACAUAAUAAAGAGCAUAUCUACACUAUAUAUAAAGACCAGCGCAUAUUUAUGCAAUAAUUAAGAAAUAGUCCAUAGAAAGAUAAAUGGGUGGAGCUAAACACUUUUAAAACAUGUAUAUGUCAUAUUAUAUCCCAGUGAAAAAGGCAUUUUUGUUUUCUUUUGCAUUGUGACUCUUAACAAUCAAGAUUAACAGGGCAAAUUUGCUUUUAAGUUAUUGGCAAUAAAAUACUCAAUGGACCUUAAAAUAGACAUAUUAUGCAAAUUAUAAUCUGUCUUUUCUUACUGGGGUGAAAUAUGACGUGAUGCUUCAUGUGCUGCUGUUUACUGACCCGUAGAAUUAUAAACAGAUCCUCCUCUGAGAGGAAAAGUGCAAUAACGCACUACAACUAGACAAUACACAAGUACGCAAAGUGCACAACACAGCCCUCCUGGAAGACGACGUGAAUCUGUAUGUCAAGACAGAGCGUAUGUGUGUGUGUGUUGUCAUGAAAACAUCAUGUGUGAAACUGAAAUACAGCAAUCGUAUUGAUGGUUGUUGUAAAAACUGAUGACACACUGAUCAUGUUGCAUUCCUUGUCACGGAUUGUUGUUCAAUAAAACGACUUUGUUCAUGAA